CACCCGUGCUGUAGCGGACGAGAGGUGACGAUUGAAGCGAGCGGUCGUCGUGCGUCGUCGGUGGUGUUUCGUUGACGUGUGUCUUUAUGUUUUGACCCAGGAUGUCUUCUUCCUCGCCGACCGACACAUCAGAGAGGAAGGAGGAGCAAUCCACGAUGCUGCAACAACUCUGGGCUGCCGUCAAGACGAAUGCCCUGUGCCACACGUUCUUCACUUUGGUGUUUCUAUCAAGCGGCCUUGUGCUCAAUGUAUUCCAGCUGGUCGUCUACUGCCUGGUGCGGCCCUUCUCACGGCACUGGUAUCGCCGCAUCAAUUACUACCUGAUCUACGCCUCCUGGGCACAGGUGGUGGCCAUGGCUGAGUGGUGGUCUGGGAGCCGCAUCAAAGUGUGGGGCACAGAUGAAGACCUGGACGCCCUCCUCAAGGAUCACCACAUGUGCGUCAUGAAUCACUCCUACGAAGUUGACUGGCUGGUCUGCUGGAUGGUCUGCGACCAGUUCAAGAUGCUUGCGAACGCAAAGACCUUUGCCAAGAAGUCAUUGAUGUACGUUCCUAUCAUUGGCUGGAACUGGGCCUUGUCAGAGCAGAUUUUUCUCGAGAGGAGCUGGGAGAAGGACUCUCAGACCAUCGGCGGGAAGCUGGACAAGCUGCUAGAAUACAAGGACAAGAUCCUGCUAUUGAUGUUCUCGGAAGGAACUCGGUUCAACAAGGCAAAGCACGAACUCAGCCUGGAGUUUGCGGCCAAGAAAAACUUGCCCAAGUUGAAGCACCACCUGCUUCCAAGGCCCAAAGGCUUCGUGUACUGCACACGCCACUUCAAGGAGAGAGGUUGUUCGGCUCUGUAUGACGUGCAGGUGGGCUUUCGUCACUCCCCUAACCCGCCCACGAUCAAGUCUGUGCUCAAUGGCCGCCCAUUCCUGGCUGAUCUUUAUUUCCGAAGGGUACCACUUGACAAUGUGCCAACGGACUCUGAUGAGGAGUGCACCAAGUUUCUUUACGAUCUCUAUGUUGAAAAGGACAACGAGAUGGACGACUACCUCAAGACGGGCAAGUUCCCCGGAACUGUCAGGGAGUUUCCAGUGCGGAUCUGGCCGCUCUUUGUUCUGUGCUUCUGGAGCCUGAUAGCUGCAGUGCCCUGCCUGUACGCCUUCUACGCCGUCCUCACCAGCGGCAGCACGGUCACUGUGGUUGCCUUUUCCACAUUCAUUGCCCUGUUGCUCUCCGUUCUUCACUGGAUGGUCGGUUUAUCAGAGAUUAAAAAGAGCUCGACGUACGGGAUCACGAACCGUGCUGCUUCAGGGGCGGACGGUGAGAAGCCACUUGCGAAUGGUGACUUCAGCAGAAAGGAUCCAGUCAUCCGAAGUUCAUCGUAAGGUGUGACAUGAAAAGACUUAAAAAACAUGCUUCACCUCUGUCAUGUGAACACAUGCAUCAUAGAGAUUUGUGGUGCGAAAAACCUUCCUUUGUGAUGUCCUUCCGUCUUUGUUAUUCCUUCUUGUGUGUCAAGUACAUCUCUUGCUGAUUUGAGUCAUUAUGUCCAACUCAGGUAGUACACUGCUUGUUUUAGCAACCUGUAGGUUUUUUUCCUUGAGGCAUAGUAAGUGAGUACUGUGUCACAUUCAGGCAAAUUUGAGAGGAAUGGUGUGAUUAGGUUGUUUUUUUCCUAGCACUAAACUAGCCUAGCUACUGUUAGUACUCAGUCAGAUGCACAUGGUGCUUGAUGAUUGCUUGUAAGGAGCUGUUAUGCCUCUGUCGAAUGCUCCAAUUGAUCCUUCUGCUGUUAGACUUGUGAGUGUUUACAGAAAUUAGUGAACUAACCUGCCUUCAUUAUUAGUUGUAUAGACGGGACAUGUGAUUGUGAAUCUUGAUCCAGCGGCUCCUUUGGGAAUCACAGGUUAGGCAGUGAGCUGCCUUUUGCCAGCUAAAAAAAAAAAAAGUACUAGGCUUUCCUUGCACCUAAACUUUGUGUUCGUCAUGUUUCUUCGAACCUGUUUCUCACCUUUUUCUGACGAAACAAAACAUACUAUAUACUAUUACUGUUCCUUAUAAUUAUUGCUUUUUCCAUGUUAUGUGAAAUGUUUGUUGUGAGCCUGUUCUUUAUCACUUGUAAAGAGAUUUUCAGUGACCCUUCCUGGAUUGCCUGUUAGCUGUGAUACACUGUUUGUCCAUUGAAAGAAAUUCACCCUUAAAGCAAUUUAUUCAAUCGCAUUGAACUACUAUAAUGGCUCGUAAUGUAUUCCACUUCUUUAUAUGGUGUUAGGGGAAAGGUAGCUGCCAGCUUAUGGUUAACUAAACAUUUGGUUCUGGCGCAUUGGGCAGUGCCGUUUAGUGGUGUUAAAGUUAAGGGAAAAUGAAGAACAGGAAAAAUGAAAACUAGGCUCUCCAGUUGAAGGCUUGCAUUUCGCUACUAGAUGCUCAUGUGUGUCAAUAUCUAACUUAAGUUUUAACUUGAGUGUACCUGUGCAUUGAACAUUCUGUACUCUUGUUUCGGUAGCCUAGCUAAGUGUGCAUUUACCUUCACUUUGCGGUGUGUUUUUGGCUCUUUUGUGUUGAGAUGUGCAGUGUGUUUGAUGCACACCUGAGUAUGGAGGGGUUGGCACAUUUUGCUGAAGUACAGAAUUUAGUCGCAUGUAGCCUACACGGGCAUGGACCAUGAAUUGUGGGCAAGCCUACUCAUCAGUCAUAGUGCGAGUACAAAGUGGGACUGUAUUUCUAUUUUUACACUGGAGCAAUAAUGUGGAAAUAUAAAUUUUUUAACAGUUCAAUAUCUCUUGCAAAAGUGUAGAACAGUGGCUUGCGGGCAAAUAUUAUUCUGAAGUUUUAAAGCAUUAUUAGGCUAUAUAUGUGUUGACACGACGUAGUCUUAUGAAAACAAGUACGAUAAUGUAGUGGACACUUGUAAAGCCUCCCAAUUAAGCAUAUGAAUUUUUUUUUUUUGAGUUACACUCAAACUUUUUACAAACGUGUUUAGUUUUUUGGACACUCUCGUCCUUAGGCAUAUAUUUCAAUUUGGAUUAAGAUCUAGCGAUCUUAACAUGCAAGCAUGAGUCAUAGCAGUAGUGCAUACUGCUUGUUACGUUUCAAUUGUAAAUCUCUCCCUGUAGCCUUUUAUUUAAGUGCAAGAUCUGUCUGCAAUCUAUGUGGCUUAUUCAGUUUGUAUCUCGUAGUAUUAAGCGGCAGCCACUUGCGACAACCACAUGGAAUGCAUUUCUAGUGUGUCCUUGGUGCUGCGUCAUCGCCAUAGAGGGUGCCCACUUCCUGUGGCAUGAUAAUUACAUUAUUUAUCAAAGCCAAAGUAUCUAGAAAGGCAUAUUCGCUUUGACUGGUAAUUGCACGGGAAUACAUUUUAGCUAGUAUUAUGACACGCUGUGAAGUGGACGCACCUCGACGCUGGACAAUGUCACGCCUAAAAUGCAUCAGAAUUACAUUCCUUGUGUUUGCCACUGUAUCCUUUAAGAGAUAAGACACAUCAUAGAAUGUCGUGUGUUAUGAGAAAUUUCACUGUAUUUGGCCAGUCUGUAUAUAAUGCUGGGCGUGCGUGCUUUUUUUUUUUUUUUUCAAGCAAACAGUGCUGAAAGUAUUGAAAGAUAACCACCGGUAAUGGCUUCUGAGCAUGCUUUUGUUCUUAUUCCAUGUUGAGAUGGAGUGCUGUUUAGAUUGUGUUGUGUAUCACUUCAUUUAUACUAAGUGCAAUAUUAUUUGACUGUACAGUCUUCUUUUAUGUAAUUAGAGUAUUGCCUAAAGAAAACUUGGUGUGUGCAAGACUGCUUUGCUCUUGGAAUGUCAAGUGGUUGACAGGAGGUAUGAGAACUGAGGUGUUAUGGUUCAUAGCGUGCAUUCGUACGCAUAAUCUGCCCCUACAUGUCACCCAAACACAUGAGCUAUAAUUCUGUUAGUGUACCGGGUGUUUCAGCGAACACUUUCAAAAUUUUUUAAAGGUUGCCUGUGGCAGAUAGCACAAUUAUAGUUCAUGAGCUGGUCUUCUCGAAGAGGUGGACGUUACUUGCACAAAAAAUUGAAAUGCAACUCGACUAAUUAACAAAAAAUCUCUAAUUAAGUUAUAACUAAUUGGCUUAUAGCCCACAUUGCAGUUUACAAAUUCUAGCCGUGAAGUUCGCAAGGUGGAUCCACUUGGAAAGAAUUCUCAGGUUGACACCAGUUUCGAGAUAUUAAUUCCUAAACUUUGUGGAGAAAUGCAUUGGCGUUCCAGUUACUUCUGUGCUUCAAUGCAUAAAACCAUGUUUUGUUAAAAAAGUAACUGGAAUGCCAAUGCAUUUCACCGCAAAGUUCGGGAAUUAAUAUCUUGAAACUGGUGCCAUCCUGAGAAUUCAUUCGAAGUGGAUCUGCCUUUUAAACUCUGCGGCUAAAGUUUGUAAAUUGCAGUAUUGGCCAUAAGGUAAUUAGUUGAAAACUUCAUUAGAGAAUAUAUGUUAAUUAGUCGAUUAUGCAUUUUAAUUUUUUGUGCAAGUAAUGUCCGCCUCUUUGAGUAGACCAGCUCGUGAACUAGAAUUGUGCUAUCUGCCAUAGGCAACCUUAAAAAAAUUUUGAAAGUUCGCUGAAACACCCUGUAAACCCACAUGAAAAACCAUGUAAGACAAUAUUACAAACAGACACGUACCCAAACCCGCUAAACUCCACGUUCUCUAUCCUGACGUGAACCCCAGCGACACGUGCCCCUCGUGCGGAUACACGGCGACACUCGCACACAUGCUCUGGGAGUGCUGAAACGCUCAUCCCGACUCUACCUUGGACAACUGGGAGAAGUCUCUCAGAAGCUCGCUACUCGCCGACCAGCAAUGGGCCGUCAAGCAGGCCCACGAAGCGGCCGCCAGGUAUUCCCUGUCGGCCCCUACGUGGGAGACGCCCGCUAAGCGCGUCCUGC